GCUUUUACUUUGAAAGGUCGAGACGUCCCUCUCAUGCGUCUCUGGGAAACAUCAAAAUAGCGGUUAUUUUACUAAAAACGAAAGCCUGUGCUGGAUCUACCCACGUCUGCUUUGAGUUAAUGAGAGUUAUUAACAUCAUUUAGAGAUUAACCGGCGAAGAAAAAGUUGAUGUAACGGUUGCGCUCCUUGAAACAAACAGUGACGCCCCCUUCACUUAGCAUUAGCAGCUAACGCUAAUCACUCACACACAGUCGCGUAGUAACAUUAGCUUGUUAGCUUGAAGACAUUUUCCAAACCCGAGGGUCCAGGAUGCGAGAGGAUUAUUUUUGAGGAACGACCCACAUCCACGUGCCAUGUCUCUGGUUUUCACACGACCCAACACCAACGCAGUCCACGGCAAGAAGGAUAAGAGACUGAUGGCGGAAGUGAACGCAUCGCCGCUCAAACACUUUGUCACGGCAAAGAAGAAGAUCAACGGGAUCUUUGAACAGUUAGGGGCCUACAUCAAGGAGAGCGCCUUAUUUCUGGAAGAUACCUACAAAAAUGAUGAGCUGGACCCGGUCACCACAGAGGAGCAGGUCCAGGAGGUCCGAGGUUACCUCAACAAGGUGGCAGGGAUCGGAGAGGUGCUCGCUCGCAGACACAUGAAGGUGGUCUUCUUUGGGAGGACGAGUAACGGAAAGAGCUCGGUGAUCAAUGCCAUGCUGUGUGACAAGGUGCUUCCCUCGGGGAUCGGACACACCACCAACUGCUUCCUGAGGGUGGAGGGCACCGAUGGCAACGAGUCCUUCCUCCUCACUGAAGGAUCCGAGGAGCGGAAGAGCAUAAAGACAGUGAACCAGCUGGCCCACGCUCUCCACCAGGACGAGGACCUGGACGCGGGCAGUUUGGUGUGUGUGAUGUGGCCUAAAGCCAAGUGUGCUCUUCUAAGGGAUGAUCUGGUUUUGGUGGACAGCCCGGGUAUCGAUGUCACCACAGAACUGGACAGCUGGAUCGACAAGUUCUGCCUGGACGCCGAUGUGUUUGUUCUGGUGGCGAAUUCGGAGUCAACUCUGAUGCAGACGGAAAAGUCGUUUUUUCACAAAGUCAACGAGCGGCUCUCGAGCCCCAACAUCUUCAUCCUUAACAACCGCUGGGACGCCUCAGCCUCAGAGCCUGAAUACAUGGAGGAGGUCCGAAGGCAGCAUAUGGACCGCUGCACCAACUUCUUAGUCGACGAGCUGGGUUUGGUGGACCGGAGCCAGGCCAGUGAUCGCAUCUUCUUUGUGUCUGCAAAGGAAGUGCUCCAGGCUCGAGUGCAGAAGGCUCAAGGGAUGCCUGAAGGAGGAGGAGCUCUUGCAGAAGGUUUUCAAGCCAGAAUGUUUGAGUUCCAAAACUUUGAGAGGCGAUUCGAGGAGUGCAUCUCGCAGUCAGCCGUGAAGACCAAGUUCGAGCAGCACACGGUCAGGGCUAAACAGAUCUCUGAAGCUCUGCGCCGCAUCAUGGAUUCAGUUCACAUCGCUGCACAGGAGCAGAGGGUUUACUGCCUCGAGACCAAAGAGGACCGUCAGGACCGUCUGGAGUUCAUAGACAAGCAGUUAGACCUGCUGACCAUGGACUGUAAGGCCAAGAUCAAGAAGAUAACCGAGGAGGUGGAGAGACAGGUGUCUAAUGCCAUGGCAGAGGAGAUCAGGAAGCUCAGUGUCCUGGUGGACGACUUCCACAUGGACUUCCACCCGUCACAAGUGGUGCUCAAGGUCUACAAGAAUGAGCUCCAUAGGCACAUAGAGGAGGGUCUGGGAAAGAACAUGUCCGAGAGGUGCUCCACUUCCAUCACUGGCGCCCUGCAGGGCACGCAGACCGACAUGAUAGAGGGUCUGAAGCCCCUGCUGCCCAGCCCGGUCAGAGAGCAGGUGGACAAGCUGGUCCCUCGUCAGUGCUUCAGCCUCAGCUACGAUCUGGCCUGUGACAAACUCUGCAUGGACUUCCAGGAGGACAUCAGCUUCCACUUCUCUCUGGGCUGGACCAUGUUGGUGAACCGCUUCCUGGGGCCGAAGAACAGCAGGCGGGCCCUCAUGGGCUACAACGACCAGGUUCCUCGGCCCAUGGCUCUGACUCCGGUCAGCACCAGCAUGCCUCCGUUCCCACAGAGCUCCAUGACCCAAGAGGAGCUGAUGGUCUCCAUGGUGACUGGCCUCGCUUCCCUCACCUCGCGUACCUCCAUGGGCGUCCUUGUAGUUGGUGGCGUGAUCUGGAAGGCAGUGGGCUGGCGUCUGAUUGCGUUGUCCGUGGGUCUGUACGGACUCCUCUACAUCUACGAGAGGCUCACCUGGACCACCAAGGCCAAGGAGAGAGCCUUCAAGAGACAGUUUGUGGACUACGCCAGUGAGAAGCUGCAGCUCAUCGUCAGCUACACCGGCUCCAACUGUAGCCACCAAGUCCAGCAGGAGUUGGCAGGUGUGUUUGCUCAGCUCUGCCAGCAGGUAGACGUCACCCGUCAGAACCUGGAAGAUGAGAUCACUGACAUGAACAGCAAGAUUGAGCUGCUGGACAGCCUGCAGAGCAAGGCUAAGCUGCUGCGGAACAAGGCAGGUUGGCUGGACAGCGAGCUCAACAUGUUCACGCAGCAGUACCUUCACCACAGCAAGUAAACCUGACGGAGAACCUCCGCCUGAGAGACUGAACACCUCCAGAGGAACAUGUGGUACCCAAUGUUGUCAACAGAAGAGGGGGGAAAUAGAAGUAGUUAGUUAGGAUAUUUAAUUUGAAUGGUUGGUUUUGAUUUGGCUUCAGGAAUGGAGUCACCUGAUGACUCGCCACACAAAAAUCUACAGAAAAGUUCAAAGACGGGGGGUUUAAUAGAA